GCGCCGUCGGGUGGGCGGCUCUUUGUGGAAGGUAGAGAACCGGCAGGCGGCAGCAGCAACUACGGCGGCGGCGGCAGAACCCAGCAGUGAUGUGGAGGCGGAGACCCGCAGGAGCCCCGGAGUUCACCUGAGUCCCCUCAGUCCCCAAGGAAAGGAGGAAAGCCCUGAGCUGGGAGAGACCAGGAUGCCCGACCGGGACAGCUAUGCCAACGGCACGGGGAACAGCGGGGGAGGCCCCGGAGGCAGUGGCGGCGAGGAGGCCAGUGGCACCGGGGCAGGCAGUGGCGGGGUCAGCUCGGAUGCCAUCUGCAGAGACUUCCUGCGGAACGUGUGCAAGCGGGGCAAGCGCUGCCGCUACCGCCACCCAGACAUGAGCGAGGUGUCCAACUUGGGAGUGAGCAAAAACGAAUUUAUCUUCUGCCACGACUUCCAGAACAAGGAAUGCAGUCGCCCGAACUGUCGCUUCAUCCAUGGCUCUAAAGAGGAUGAGGAUGGCUAUAAGAAGACAGGGGAGCUUCCCCCUCGGCUGAGGCAGAAAGUGGCAGCAGGGCUGGGCCUGUCCCCAGCUGACCUACCCAACGGCAAGGAGGAGGUCCCAAUCUGCCGGGACUUUCUUAAGGGGGACUGUCAGAGAGGAGCCAAGUGCAAGUUCCGUCACCUGCAGCGGGAUUUUGAGUUUGACAGUCGGAGCGGAGGUGGCUCCUGUGGGGUCGGCUCCGCGGGCUCGGUGCUCCCUGGCCGGCGUCACGAGCUGUACGAUAUCAUCUAUGACCUUCCUGACCGAGGCCUAGAGGACCACGAGCCAGGCCCCAAGCGCCGGCGAGGUGGCUGCUGCGGCCCUGAGGGCCAUUUUGAAUCCUAUGAGUACGGCCUGGCCCCGCCUCGCGGGGUGGAGUGCAGACUGCUGGAGGAGGAGAACGCCAUGCUCAGGAAGCGGGUCGAGGAGCUCAAGAAGCAGGUUAGCAACCUGCUGGCCACCAAUGAGGUACUUCUGGAACAGAACGCCCAGUUCCGCAAUCAGGCCAAGGUCAUAACCCUCAGCUCCACCGCACCAGCCACAGAGCAGACUCUUGCCCCCACCGUGGGCACUGUUGCCACUUUCAAUCAUGGCAUUGCCCAGACUCACACUACGCUGAGCAGCCAGGCCCUGCAGCCUCGUCCUGUUUCCCAACAAGAACUGGUGGCCCCUGCCGGAGCGCCAGCUGCCCCCCCAGCUAAUGCUGCACCACCUGCCGCUCCACCACCUCCACCCCCACACUUGAACCCAGAGAUCACACCACUGUCGGCUGCUCUGGCUCAAACAAUUGCGCAGGGAAUGGCACCCCCGCCUGUCUCCAUGGCCCCUGUGGCUGUGUCUGUGGCUCCUGUGGCCCCUGUGGCUGUAUCAAUGGCCCAGCCACUGGCAGGAAUCACAAUGAGCCACACCACCACUCCCAUGGUGACUUACCCUAUCGCUUCCCAGAGCAUGCGCAUCACGGCCAUGCCACACUGACGGGCCUCCUGGACCCUCCCCCGGUGUAGCUGCCUGGGGCUGGGGGUCGAGGGUUGCUAACCCACUCACCUGGCCCUCCCAGGCCCUAUGUGCAGGGCUCAAGGACUAGGACGAGACUAGGAGGAGGAUGCUCUGCAGAGCAUUUUUGGAGGUGAGGUUGGGCUGGUGUGUUCUCUCACCUCCCAUAGGAGGGUCUUCUUGUCCAUCUUCCAGCCUUACGUGGGGCUUCUGUAGGAGGACAGACCAAGCCAGCAGAGGAAGGAAGGACUGAGGCACUAGGUUCUAUGGGGAGUCAGGGCAGUCCCUGGCUCGUCCUCUCUUCUGCACAGCACAGGUUUCGGCACUGGUUUUGGGAGAAGCAAAUGCCCUGCCCAGAGGGAGAGCCAGGAGAGAGCUAGAGGUGGGUGGCCACAGGAGAAGGCCUGGUCUUCAGACAGUCGGGGACCCAGUGGGUUGGACAAUACAGUGUUUGCUCUUGGGCCCCUGGGAGGGCCAGGGCCACAGUACUCCAGCCCGAAGAGUUGGGGGAGUGUUUGGUACCCUAGCUGGGCCAGGGGAUCCACAGGGCAGGGCCCAGUACUUUCCAAAGAAAUAAAAGAACAAUUAUUUUUAACUAA